CCAGUGACCAGUCUGCUCUGCACCUACUGGCUCCACGCGUGGCUGUGGGCUACUCGGUUGGAACGAAGCCAAUUCUGGGGAACUGGUGAAGGGCGCUGAAUUGAAUAGGCUGAGCAAUGGCAGCCUCAGGGACACCACCCCCAUCCACUCCAGAAGCAGCUGGUGCCCUCUCAGGGAAAGAGAGUGGGGAGCCCAAACAGCUCCCAGAGCUGAUCCGCAUGAAGCGAGAUGGAGGUCGCCUGAGCGAAGCAGACAUUAGGGGCUUUGUGCAGGCUGUGGUGGAUGGAAGUGCACAGGACACACAAAUCGGAGCCAUGCUCAUGGCCAUCCGGCUGCAGGGCAUGGACCUGGAGGAGACAUCUGCACUGACUCAGGCUCUGGCCAAAUCUGGACAGCAGUUGGAGUGGCCGGAGGCCUGGCACCAGCAACUUGUGGAUAAACACUCCACAGGCGGCGUGGGUGACAAGGUCAGCCUGGUCCUGGCACCUGCCCUGGCUGCCUGUGGCUGCAAGGUGCCAAUGAUCAGUGGACGUGGUUUGGGACACACAGGGGGUACAUUGGAUAAGCUGGAGUCUAUUCCUGGGUUCAGUGUCAUCCAGAGCCCACAACAGAUGCUGCUGCUACUGGAGCAAGUGGGCUGCUGCAUUGUGGGCCAGAGUGAGAAACUAGUUCCUGCUGAUGGAAUCCUGUAUGCUGCACGAGAUGUAACAGCUACUGUGGACAGUGUGUCACUCAUUACAGCCUCCAUCCUCAGUAAGAAGGCCGUGGAGGGACUGUCCACUCUGGUGGUGGACGUUAAAUUUGGGGGGGCUGCAGUCUUCCCAGAUCAGGAGCAGGCUCGAGAGCUGGCAAAGACGUUGGUUAAUGUAGGAGUAAGCCUGGGGCUGCGGGUGGCCGCAGCGCUGACCACCAUGGACAACCCCCUGGGCCGCACCGUGGGCCACGUGCUGGAGGUGGAAGAAGCGUUGCUUUGCCUGGAUGGUGCGGGGCCGCCAGACCUGCGGGACAUGGUCAUUAGGCUAGGAGGCGCCCUGCUUUGGCUCAGCGGACAAGCAGAGACCCAAGACCAGGGCGACGCCCGGGUGGCUGCAGCCUUGGACGACGGCUCAGCGCUAGGUCGCUUCCAGCGGAUGCUUGCGGCGCAGGGCGUGGACCCCGGCCUGGCUCGAGCACUGUGCUCCGGAAGUCCCACGCAACGCCGCCAGCUACUGCCCCACGCCCGGAAGCAAGAAGAGCUGCUCGCACCCUCGGACGGCACUGUGGAGCGCGUCCAGGCGCUGCCACUCGCCCUGGUGUUACACGAGCUCGGGGCCGGACGAAGCCGAGCGGGUCAGCAUAUCCUGCCCGGCGUGGGCGCCGAGCUGCUGGUCAACGUGGGUCAGCGGCUGCGCUGCGGGACGCCCUGGCUCCGCGUGCACCUGGACGGCCCGUCGCUCAGCGGCCCCCAGCGCCGUGCCUUGCAGGGGGCGCUCGUGCUGUCGGACCGCGCGCCUUUCGCGGCUCCCUCGCCCUUCGCGGAGCUGCUCUUGCCUCCGACCACCUCGCGACCCUGAGUCAGGACUAGGGCAG